UUGGUAUACCAAACGCAGGUGUCGUGAGUGUCGACUGCUAUAGCUACACUGACGCCCACGUGACCUUUGUGUUCAUGGUAUAAUUAUCAGUUCAGUAACUGUAGUUCCCGUAUUUCUGUUACACGGACAGAUCCUGACACAAAGAUCUUCUAUUUUGAUUGAAGGCAGCCUCCCUAUAGAGAUGAGUUCCCACUCUUCAUGAAUUACAAGUUUAGAUAAGAUAACAGAAUUUCCUGCUUUAACAUUUUGUUUAUUUAUUAUGGAUGAAACAGUUACUGAACAUUACUUCUCAUACAAUCUACUGUGAAAAUGAUUCACGUUUAUGGUCACGUUUUCUCAUCAGAACCUGUCCUCGUCGCAGUAGAUGAUCUGUGCAUUCCCGGUGUCGGAGCUCCACCAGCUCUGCGGACCGGGCUCCUCUUCACAUCCAGACGGACAAGCCUCCGGAGCCGCUUCUUUACGACCCGCGUCCGUCGGUUCAAACAGCCGAAGCAGCAGCAGUUGGGCCGGUACAACCAGAUCUGCACCCGGAGCAGCAGCGGCUUGACUCCCGCUGCCGGGGGAGCAGAACCGCCCCCCUGCGCGCGCCACGGGAGCCGAACUGCCCGCAGGAAGUGGCAGGUGUUCCCGGGCAGGAAUCGGUUCUGCUGCGACGGGAGGAUCAUGAUGGCGAGACAGAGCGGAGUGUUCUGCCUGAGCCUGGUCCUGAUCCUGCUCACCUGCGGCCUUUUCUUCACGUUCGACUGUCCCUUCCUGGCGUCCAACCUGAGUGCGGCCAUCCCGGCCGUGGGCGCCGUCCUCUUCGUCUUCGUGAUGGGGAUGCUGCUGAGGGCGAGCUUCACGGAUCCCGGCGUCCUCCCCAGAGCCACGGCGGACGAGGCCGCCGACCUGGACAGGCACAUGGAGGCGUCGGGCUGCUCCAGAACUCCGCCCAGAACCAGAGACGUCCUCAUCAACGGACAGGCAGUCAGACUGAAGUACUGCUUCACCUGCAAGAUGUUCAGGCCGCCGCGAGCGUCACACUGCAGCCUGUGCGACAACUGUGUGGAGCGCUUCGACCACCACUGUCCCUGGGUGGGAAACUGCGUUGGACGGAGGAACUACCGCUUCUUCUACAUGUUCAUCCUGUCGCUCUCCUUCCUCACCAUCUUCAUCUUUGCCUUCGUCAUCACACACAUCAUCCUCAGGUCGAACCGGACCGGUUUCCUGAGCGCACUCAAAGACAGUCCGGCCAGCGUCCUGGAGCUGGUCGUGUGUUUCUUCUCUGUCUGGUCCAUCGUGGGCCUGUCGGGCUUCCACACCUACCUGAUCGGCUCCAACCGGACCACCAAUGAGGAUAUCAAAGGGUCCUGGUCCAGCAAGCGAGGGAGCGACAACUACAACCCCUACAGCUACGGGAACAUCCUGACCAACUGCUGCGCUGCUCUGUGUGGCCCGCUGCCGCCCAGUCUGAUUGACAGGAGAGGUGUGAUCCAGGCCUACACAGCACAGACGGCCCGCCCGUCCAACGGGCCCGGUACCGGUACCACUCAGCUCCACAGUCACAUGUGUGACCAGAGCCAGUGUCUGCUGAGCACCAAGCUCGUCCUGCAGGCAGCAGCCACCCCCCUCCUCCACAGCCCCCCCCCGCCAGGAAAGACCACCACUGUGGGGGGUCCUUGUGCGUAUCUGGGUCCCAUCCAACCAGCCCUGCCGUCCUGUGGGGGGGACGUCCUGGCCCCGAGGCCCCCUGCAGCCGACUCCCACCGCCCCCACCUCAUCCAUCACCACCACCCCCAUCACCUGAUCAGCCCGGCGCAGACGCCCCGCCCCCCCCCACAGGGCGCCCUGCCCGGCCCCGCCCCCCUGUACGACCCCAGCAGUCAGGACGCGCUGCACGCGGACUCGGUGCGAGGGCUCGUUAAGCUCAGCUCCGUCUGAGCCCAGGCCCACAUUGAGAAUGAAACAUUUAAAGCAGGUUUUCUCCAGGUUCAGUGAAUCUUAAAGAAACUCGUAUCUGGCAGAAAAAAGUGUUUAGUUUUGUUUGUGUUCAUGACAAAGUGAGGCACAGAGCAGGUCAAACUCAGGUAAAAGUGUGACGUGAUUCAUUCAGUCACUUCAACAAAGCUUUACAAAGUGUUUUAUUAUUUUUACACUAAAACACUUUAAACGGGGAUUUUAAUCUUUGUGCCUUUUUCAGAUAAAAGCUGAAAAUGCAAUUGCGAUGUAAGCGUAACCUGCCAAACGUGUGUCACUGGACCGAAGCGAGUCACAGGGUGAUGGUUAAUGAAUGUGACGUCAGUGAAGCCCUUCUUCACACUGAACUGGAAACCAGCCUGCUUUCUAUUUUGUAUUGGCCUUUUAAUCUGUGCAUGUUUGUAUUUGUAAUGUUUGUCUCAGGAGAGCAGCUUCUGCAGAGGUGAAUCUGUGCCCUCUUUAAAUCUGAGACAUGGUUCCUCAUGUUUUCCAAAUGCAGCAGACGUGUUUAAUUCACUUUUACUGUGAAUGAUGUCCAGUCAAUAAAGUCAUUUUUCCCAUGUAGUGUUUGGAGCUGUUUAGAUGGCUUCACUUUCCAGUUGCUAAAACAUGGAAAUGAGUUGAAAUGUAAUCAGAUCCAGUGACUUUAAUAUUGAGUUUAUAAAGUGCAACGUAAACACAUCUAUGAAUAAACAGAGACUGAGACACGUCUUGUGUCUUUUAAA